AUGCCAGAUGCGGGUACCUCAACCUACGGAGUGGGCCAUUGCUACGACCACAUCAGCGCGGCGAAUUCCGGCACCGUGCCCGAUCCGCCGCCGCUGUUGUUUGGCUCCUUCACUGACGCGGAUCCAGAUGCGGGGCAGGUUGGGGGAACUCUGACCUGGACUGUGGAUGGAACAUAUAACAUAGGCUUUGACUACACGUCGCACUAUGCCCUCUAUUUGUCGCUAGACACCGGUGGAACUAGUCGGUUCGAAAUUGCCAGAGUGCAACCUGGAUUGCUUAGCUCCCUGGCUACGGUCUUGCAAUCGGUUGAUGCGUUGACCCGGGGAACUGGGAUGUACGGAAUCAACUCCCACGGUGAAGCUGCAACCCCAUCAUUCGGCCACUGCUUCGAAGCAGCGGACGGAACCUCCACCACUACAACUGCACCUUGGAUGACCAAAUCUGCUGUCCACGCACAGGCAGGUCAUGUCAACACCUCAGCUGCCGCCAUCACAUCCGUAGCCUUCACAGACACUAGUACUGGGUAUGGCUAUUGGAUCGAUGGAACUGUGACUUGGGUCGCCCCGAACAACCCGGCUUUUGAGUACUUUCGAAUUGUCAUGUCUGCAACCAGCACUGGCGCCGACGGUGCCAUCAUGGUUGACAACUUAGACAAGAGCCUGAGAACCUACGAGAUUGUUAACUUGGAUUCCAGAGGAAUCGUGCGCGG